AGGAGAAAAUUAGCGCGCAUCAAAAACCUCAGAACCUGCAAAUUUUCACUUCUUUCCAAAACCCUAGAAUAAUAAAAAACGGUGAUGGAGGAACCGCAAACCGGCAACGGAGGUGCGAAUGCAACUGAGACUGUACCACCACCGGAGACCGAUGAUGAGCCAAUGAUCGGUCCUGGUCCGGUUACGAAAGCUCGCGCUAAGCGUCCUCUUCAGUUCGAACAAGCUUAUCUCAAUGCACUUCCAUCUGCUAACAUGUACGAGAAAAGUUAUAUGCAUAGGGAUGUGGUGACACAUGUUGCUGUUUCAGCUGCUGAUUUUUUUAUAACAGGAAGUACUGAUGGGCAUUUGAAAUUUUGGAAGAAAAAAGCUGCUGGGAUUGAGUUUGCUAAACAUUUUAGAUCCCAUCUUGGUCCCAUAGAAGGCUUAGCGGUUAGCAUGGAUGGUUUACUUUGCUGUACAAUUUCCGAUGAUCGUUCUGUAAAAGUGUAUGAUGUUGUGAAUUAUGACAUGAUGGUCAUGAUCCAGCUACCGUUCACUCCUGGAAGUGUUGAGUGGGUAUAUAAACAAGGGGAUGUCAAAGCUAGGCUUGCCAUUAGUGAUCGGGACUCCAAAUUUGUGCGCAUAUAUGAUGCACGAUCUGGUUCAAAUGAACCUAUCAUCUCUAGAGAAAUACAUUUGGGCGAAAUUAAAAUUAUGAAAUACAAUCCCGAAUUUGACACUGUUAUAUCUGCCGAUGAUAAAGGAAUGAUCGAGUAUUGGAGUCCUACCACGUUGCGGUUCCCCGAGAGCGGAGUGAAUUUUAGACUGAAAAGUGAUACCAACCUGUUUGAAAUUGUGAAAUGCAAGACAAGUGUUUCCACUAUAGAGGUGAGCCCAGAUGGCAAUCAAUUUUCUGUGACAUCACCUGAUCGUAGGAUACGUGUAUUUUGGUUCAGAACGGGUAAGCUAAGGCGAGUCUAUGAUGAAUCUCUGGAGGUGGCUCAAGAUCUUCAGAGAAGUGAUGCACCCUUGUAUCGGUUGGAAGCUAUUGAUUUUGGUAGAAGAAUGGCUGUUGAGAAAGAAAUUGAGAAAACAGAAACUGCACCACAGCCAAAUGCUGUUUUUGAUGAAAGUUCUAAUUUCCUGAUAUAUGCAACCCUCCUUGGGAUAAAAGUGGUUAAUUUACACACCAAUAAAGUUGCCCGAAUUCUUGGAAAGGUAGAGAACAAUGACAGAUUUUUGCAGAUUGCCUUGUAUCAAGGUGAUCGAAGCAGUAAGAGAGUGAGAAAGAUUCCCGCAGCUACAGCAAAUGUCAAUGAGAGUAAAGAGCCUCUAUCAGAUCCUACUCUCUUGUGCUGUGCUUUCAAGAAACAUAGGAUUUAUUUAUUCAGCCAGAGAGAACCAGAAGAAGCUGAGGAUGCAACAAAGGGAAGGGAUGUGUUUAAUGAAAAGCCUCCAGCAGAUGAACUUUUGUCUGCAUCAGAUAUAGGAAAAUCAGUUACUACAUCUCUUCCUGACAAUGUGAUUAUGCAUACCACAAUGGGUGACGUUCAAUUGAGGCUGUAUCCUGAAGAAUGUCCAAAAACUGUGGAGAAUUUUACUACACAUUGCCGAAAUGGCUAUUAUGAUAAUCUUAUUUUCCAUCGUGUUAUCAAAGGUUUCAUGAUACAGACUGGAGACCCCUUGGGAGAUGGCACUGGUGGGCAGUCUAUUUGGGGAAGGGAGUUUGAGGAUGAGUUUCAUAAAAGUUUACGGCAUGAUAGACCUUUCACAGUGUCGAUGGCAAAUGCGGGCACAAAUACAAACGGCUCACAGUUCUUUAUCACUACUGUGGCCACACCAUGGCUGGACAAUAAGCACACUGUUUUUGGUAGAGUUGUAAAGGGAAUGGAUGUUGUCCAGUCAAUUGAGAAGGUGAAGACUGACAAGGGGGACAAGCCAUAUCAAGAUGUAAAAAUCCUGAAUGUUACUGUCCCCAAGUCCUAGAAAUCUUCUACCUUUUCGUUGGUGAAUCUUUCUUGAUAUUGAUGCUGGUCGGAAAGAGCAUCAAAUCUCAAGCAUAACAGUACAUUGAAGAUGGACAUCUUAGUUCUGCAGUCUUAGAUGCCUUUAAAGAGGCUUUGCCAUUUACGGGGAUUCUUACCAUUCCGAUCUUUGUGGUAUGAACGAGUAGUUCCUGUAUAAGAUUACUGAUUGAAUCAUCGAUGAAAAUUGUCACAAUAUCUUCUAGUAUUGAUAUGUGAUUUUUUAUGGUUUGUUGACGUUUACUUGCUUUAAUGCAUGCUUUUGGGGUUAUCUUAUUUUUAAAACUAUUUUGCUUA